ACUUGACAUUGACAAUCAAGUAAUUUGGAAAUCAAUCGAGCUUUUCAGUUUUUCCAAACAAAAGUUAAACUACCUAAGUGUUUUAUUUUGUGAUUUUAAACGGGCAAAUCGAAUCGACACGACAAGCAAUGUCGACGGCCGCACACUGUGCUGUAACCAAAUGCAAGAUUACUGUCUACAAUAAACCUCCUGGUGUAACGUUUCAUUCUUGUCCAACCAACAAUGAUAUGAGGACUAAAUGGCUACAGGCAUUAAAAAACAAAUGCAGCAUAUUAGAUUGGUCCAAAAGCAAGAUAUGUUCCAGGCAUUUCGAGAACAAAUAUUUUGAUUCUCAGAGGAGGUUGUCGGAAAAUGCUAUCCCUAACAUAUUUUAUGAUGUUGCUCCUCAGUCAGCUAUGAAUAAUUCCCCUUUGACAAAGCCUAAAACUAAAGUGGAUAAAAUUUUGGGCAAAAUGACACAAACAGAAAUUAUCGCUGAUGUUAAAAACUGCAGAAGCCGGUUGAAAGAACCAAAUGUUGACAACUAUGUAUCAGACACCUUGAAAUGUAAAAAUGAUACACCGUUAGAAGUGAGAUUAUGGCUUGAGAUAAAGAAACAAGAGCAUUUGAAUGCAAGACUCACACAACAAAUAUCUCAAAACAAGAAACAUAUAGAUAUGCUUCAGAAGAAUUUGGAUCGGUCAACCCAAAGCAAAAGGGAGAUGCAGCAGAACAUUGACAAUAUGAAAUAUAUUGUCAAGUGUCUUCAAGAGAAACAUGCUACUCUUGAAGAGCAGAUAGAAAUACUGACUGCUGUUGAAGCUAGAUAGAUAAGUUGUAUCAAAUAAUAUUCCACAUAUAGAUGUUCAUUAUAUUAAAAAAAUAAAUAAAUUAUAAGAAUAAAUACAAAACUUUAUUGAA